CUGAAUGCAUUGGAGCUCAAAAUCAGUCGCUAGUUACGUUGAUGGACAGUUAUACCGAUGAUAAAACAAACCUGGAGGACUAACGCAGUGGAAGACAAUAUCCUUUAGGAUUGAUAUAAUUUCAGCAUCUCAAAAUGGCACAUACCACUACCAUGUUUUUACUCAUUCUCACAUUUUUACUGAGCAGAUCAGAAAGUGCUCCCGAAAUGUGCCGGGGACCUCGGUGUCUCUCUGACCAGUAUUGGAGCGCAACACAAGGGCGAGCAGACACUCGUGUGACAGCGUCCAGACGGCAGCCUCACCUUUCAACACAAGCUAAGCAAGGACAUGCCUACCUCAGUAACCAUCAUCAGGAUGCUCAUUACGUUCAUCACCCAACCAAAACCAACAUCCAUGCUCAACACAGAGACUUUGUGCAACAAACUGGGACUGAAGGUGUUAGGAGGACCAACCCGAGAACCAUUACUGCGGAGGUGUUUCAUCCUGGCUGUGCAGGGGGAAUCUGCCCAACUACUGUCAAUCAUCCACUGACACCUGAUAACAGGGAUGUGUCACGGGAAUGCAAAGGGAGCAUGUGCAACCUGGAUUUCCAUAAACCAAAACCUUGUGUUGGCUGCAAUGUGCAAAAGGGAGACAAUCCAAGACCGAAUCCUUCACCGGUUCACGUAAGAGACAAAGCAGCACAAUUUAUGGAGCAACGGUCAGAAAGAUGGAUAGAGUUAACAUGUGACAUGAAAUCAGGGCCCAAUUUGGUGCCUUCUGAUGAUGCGGUCAUCCUGCAGCUGCGGCUGUCCAAGGAUGAAGAGAGGUUUGUUAAGGCCUUGCAGGGUCAGCAGGAAGAGGUCAAAGUGAUGCAUCAGCUUCUCAUUGAGCAACAGAGGGAACUGGUCCAACAGCAAAGAGAAAUACUGGCGCAACAGAGGAAGAUGCAUGACUACAUGGAGCAAGUCAAGACACAGUACAACAUGCUAUUGGACAGCAUCAACGAAAUGUCCAUGCAAAACCUGCUUGAAGAGCUGGAAAAUCACAGGGAAGUAUUGAGUGAGCCCACUGGGGCCCGUCAUGUUCAGCAGGCUUUGUCUUUGCAUCAGGUGGACAUGGAUGCCAGUGUGAUGCAGGUGGUCAAUCCCCAUGUGACUUGCGGAAGCUGUGGCCCUGAGGAAUACUGUGACUUCAGUGGCGGUUAUCCCCACUGCACGAAAUGUACCAUAUGUCCUGCUGGCUUCUUCCUGGUCGCGCAAUGUUCAAUCCAUGCAGACAGAAUCUGUCAGGAUAGAGAUGAAUGCCUUGAGCUUGCUGACCUUUGUGAAGAUCACCAAAAAUGUGUCAACACACCAGGUGGAUUUAGAUGUCUGGGAAUGACAGAGGGAGAUGCCAAAACUGGCAUGUGUGGCCAAGACUAUUUCUUUAACUUGGACAUAGAUGAGUGUCAGGCCUGCGCGGAGUGUGAAGGACAACCAGCGUCGUCACUAUGUACAUUUACAAGAGACACGGUGUGCUCAGGAUCUCCUGUGGGUGACAGUGUCCUCGCUCUCUCCUGGACGGGGAACGUGAGUCUGUCUGGCAUCAAAGGUCACAUGGUGAACCUUGCAUCACCAGGUGUACAGCUUCACAUCCACGCUGGAAGCGACAUAAGCUUUGCGUCAGUUGAGAACGGAUGCCUGCUGAUGAAGAAGCACGGCUUGCUAUGGCUGGACGAGAGCCUCUCCGUGAACCACGGUUGCCAAAGUUUUGUCCAGGUGUGUUUGCAUAUGAACGCUACCGAUGGCUCUGAAAGUCGUGACCUUAGUGGAGUCAGACUUGAACAGCAGGAUGUGAAGUCGCUCCAGGCUGUCAGCAUAAGUGGAGUAGCAGAAGUUUCCCCUGGGUACAUUAUCUCAACCUCCCUUUGGAGUUCAAACCACUACUGCAACAAGAGCAAUGAAGGUCUGCGGCUUCACCACCCUUCAGCUUCUUCUCUAAGCCUCAUGUGGCUAAACCAUGACACAGGUGCCGUUGCCAUAACAGCACAAGCCACAGUGUCCGUUCACUACCACACAAACCAUCGGCCUGUCUUUCGUAUCACCUCCUCUUCAGACCCUUACGUAGUUGUGUUGACUCAUGAUGGCCGUGGGAUACGGUUUUCAGAAAGUGGCGCUGUGCGCUUCGUAUUCCAGCAGGCGUUGUACUCCAUGGGCCAUGCGUGUGUGAGUGAGGGCUUCCAAGUGUUGGCAUACCUAAAUCGUAACGGUACUGUGGUGGAGCUGUGCCGUACCUUCAAACCAGGGGUCCACUAUCGUGACACAUCCAUAUCUCUCUCCGGAGCUGCAGAAGUUGGUCCUGGAGAUACACUGGCCUUCGAGAUUCUGUCUCCUGCCCAGUGCAAUGUCCGUUUUUUUAGUGAUGACACAGGGAUUAGUGGCCUCAGCCUGAUUUGGGUUCCUACAGCAAUCUCCUCUUCUAUCUAUGCCACUGUGGCUCAAACCGACCUUCCCUCAGGAGCUGUCAGAAACAAGCCACUGUUCUUCCACCAGACAAGUCCCCAGGUGUCCCAAAUGGGGCUUUUAGAGAAGGGAUCUGCAAAACCCAGCCAAAAAUUUGUUUUCAGGGAAAGUGGCACUGCCUGUGUAGCUGUGGACCUUAAACUAAUUCAUUCCUGCAGCUUGGUCAAGGUGACUCUACACAGACUAAAUGACCCAGAUAAGUCUGGUGCAGGUGGCACGCGAACCGUGCCCAUUGCCCAGCAGGUAACCGGAAAGAUGCUUGAUGGUAGUCAAUGGGCCAGCGUAAGCCUGCGGUCAUCCUUCCAGGUACAAAAUGGCACAAUGAUGUUCUUGACACUGGACUGUGUCCGAGGACGAGUAAACCAGGUCAGCAACAACGCUGGAAGCGGAGUGUCAGUCCUCUGGGUUGCAGCAUAACGUCUAAAUUUGUAUCAUCUCUCCACAUGCAUUCAAUUUCAGAACAGAUGUAUUUCACUAAAAAGAUUUUUAUUCAGACAGACUGAAAAAGUUUGAACUCCAAUCUUGGAAUGUGUCAGACGGGACAACCGUUUGUGAAGUCACUGAUGUUGGCUCAGAAUCUCUACAGUAUAAAAUGUGUUAAAGGCCUUAAAGGUCAAAGAUCUCAAGUUAUAACAUACUAUGAGCACCCAUCGCACUAUAACAGAAAAUGUAGUUACCCAAAAUGUUUGCACAAUUUUGCCAAAAUGUUUUGGAUUGGGAGGGACACUGAAUAUAAUGUAUAGGUGAUUCAUUUCCAUUCCUUUGUACUUAAGUGAUGCACAUGAUUAAACACGUUUUGCUGAUACCACCUUCAAUGAAGAAAAGCUUGAUAUUCGUAUGGCAUUUAAGUACUCGUAGCUUGGUACAUUUCAGCUAUACAUUUUAGUCGGUUUCAGCUGUACAGUCACUCUCUCGCU